UCAUUAGAGAGACCAUCUUCCCCUUUGGAUUUAUAGGCAUCCAUGGUUCCUCUUUUUCAGAUGAAGAACCCUGUAGGCCUUUGUUUCCAGAUGGAGGACCUUAUUGCCUCACUUUUUCAGAUGAAGGAUCCCAUAGGCUCCCCUUUUCUGGGACGAAGCUAUUGCAAAACCAUUGUCAUUGAUGCAUCUGAUGUCAAGGCACUAAAGAAAGCAGAACAGGAGAUCGCAGAGUUUGAAGCAGAAAUAGGGCUCGUUCAAGCCAGAGUCGAGCUUCAGACCUUGUUCAAGCAAAGAGGUCGCUUCACUGUGAAUAGUGGAAGAAAGUUUGAAGAUGCAUGCUCAAAAAUAGUCCAGGACGUUAUUCUUCCGGAGCUGAGCUAUGUGACGGAAGAUAAUGGACAGCAGGCUCUGCAGGAAGCUUCUACUCGUGAUGUUCGGACGAACAGCACGCACAACACUCCCAACUUCCACUGCACCAAGGGAUGGCGCGUGGAGGGACAAUGUUCGGCGGAUGGAGGAGAUGGAAUUAUGAAGUGGUACUCCAACACACCGACCACGUCCCCACAGCAGUUGCGCAUCGGAGAUGUACCUACCACGCAUGAAGUCACCCGCAAGACCAUGCACACGUCGGCUAACCGACGCCCAUGGCACAGCGCGGCAACGAAGGUGGCGGACGACGUGCAUGGGAAGCGCACGAGCACACUGUCGAUCGACGACUCCAUGCCACGAUAAACCCACAGAUGCCGCAUGCUGGGUGCAAUAGCAUAUGGCCAUGCAUCGGUCGACUGGUGGCGACAACACCUCGUGCACCCCCAUUC